AUGUCUUUGAAUAUACUUGAGAAUUUGUCCUCCACCUACGUCGCCGUCUUCCUCGGAAUACUUGUGAGCUGGUACGUUGCGUCGGCAACCAUUGCUUGGUAUCGACUACGACAUAUCCCCGGACCAUUUCUGGCAAAAUUCUCGUACCAUUGGCUAGCCAAGGUCGCCCGUAGUGAGAGGCAAUACCAGAUAUACCGAGAACUAUGCAAGGAGUACGGGCCGCUGGUCAGGGUCGGCCCCAAUGAAUUGACUACCGAUGACCCCGAAGUCCUUCGAAAGAUGGCGGGGGCCCGGAGCGAGUACGGUAGGGAUAGCUGGUACAAGGGAGGUCGUUUCAAUCCGUAUCACGACACAGUCUUUACUCUCACCGACCAAGCAGCUCACAGGGAGCGCAAGACCAAGAUUGUCGGCGCCUUUGUCGGUCGCGAGGCGCCGCUGAUCGAGACUGGCGUCGACGAGCAGGUGCUGGCCCUGAUCAAGGUGAUCCGCGACAACUAUCUCUGGAGCCCGGGCAAGGACCAGGAUAAAAUGCUGGACUUUGCCCCCCUCACGAGCUUCUUCACCAUGGACGCCAUAUCCAAGGUGGCAUUCGGCCAGGAGUUUGGGUUCCUCAAGGCUAACGAUGAUCUCUUUGGCUUCCUCCGCGAGGUCAGAGAAAACUGGCCCCGUUUAGCCAUGGCCUUGGACGUACCCUAUAUCCGCAAUGUGUUAUUUUCGCCAUCAUUCUUGAGCCGCUUUGGUGCCAAGGAGACUGACGAGAAGGGGAUGGGCAAAUGCAUGCGCGUCGCGAAAGAACAGGUCGAGAAGCGGUUUUCUGUUGACGCCAAGGAUGAACGCGAUCUCUUGGGUUAUUGGAUUCGCAACGGCCUUACUAAGAUGGAAUGCGAGGUUGAUGGGCUCUUCUUGAUUAUUGCGGGAUCUGACACCACGGCAUCCGUCAUUCGUAUCACCAUGUUGUAUCUCAUGACAUGCCCGCAAGUGUACCAGAAGCUCAAGGACGAAAUCAAAGCAGCAAUUCGAGACGGCAAGGCCUCAUAUCCCAUAUCGCAGGAUCAGGCUAGGAGACUGCCAUACCUUCAGGCUGUCGUGUACGAAGGCCUUCGACAGCGCCCAGCAGCGCCCGGUCUCUAUCCCAAAGCUGUCCCGCCAGAGGGAGACUUGAUCCACGGGAAAUUCAUACCUGGAGGCACCGCAAUCGGCAUGAACACUGCGUCCCUUUUUGCAUCAAAGAAACAUUUUGGUGUCGACGCCGACGUCUUUCGCCCUGAAAGAUUCACCGAGGCAGACGAAGAAGAUAGACUGGAAAUGGAACGACUCGUGGAGCUUGGCUUUGGACAUGGUCGCUACAUGUGUGCCGGUAAACCUGUGGCGUACAUGGAGCUCAACAAGGUUUUCUUCGAGCUGCUGCGCGCAUUUGAUUUCCAGCUGAUUAACCCCACGAAUCCGUGGAAGUCCAGGAGUUAUAGCGUAUUUAUCGAGGAGAACAUGUGGGUAAAAGUGACGGAGAGUGAAAUUGCAACGAAAGCGUGA